AUGAACAUCCCUGGUCUCUCGUUCCUGUCGGAUAAUCAGUUGUCCACCUCGAUCGACAUUCAAAAUGGCGUUGUGAAAGGGGUUCACGCAUUUGUGACUUAUCGAUUGCAUCGUUGGCAGAAUAAUUCACACAACGGUUUGACGAAGGUGGAAGUAUUCGAGCAAUCCCUCAAGAAGCUUGGGGCGGCGCGUUACCACGGGGUUUUUACGGUGAUUGGAUCUCAGGACCUCGUGCCUUGGCGACGAGCCGAAUUCAUUUUCGUUUUACUGCGUUUUGAUCACCGCUUAAAGCGACCUAUCAAAGAUAUGUUCGAUUUUGAAUUUUUCGGUCUACCUGAAAUGGUAUAUGUCCCUGCAUGGAAGAAAGGAAAAAAUGCUGUGCAACAAUUCAUCGACGAAUGUCAGUCAUUUAUUGCUAGCCAUUCAAGAGAAGAAAUCGGGGAAACAUUUGGGACGACUAUUUCUCGCGGGAAUAGUCAAAUUUCCGACAAACAAAGUAGGCCUAUACCAAGACAGCCCUUGGAACUCUUGCUGGAUAUGAUGCGGGACCUGAAUUAUGAGAUGAAAGAACUGAAAAUGCUGCUUUUGAAUAUUUCCAACGAUCGACGGAGUGCGCUACGAGAUUCUAAGACUACGGGAUAA